AUGCCCGGAAAACUAACCCAAGAUGGCGAGAGGCGGAUCGCCCUAAGACGCUAUGCGCCCAAGACCAGGACUGGCUGCGUGACCUGCAAAAUCAGACGAGUGAAGUGUGAUGAGAACAAGCCUAAUUGCGACCGGUGUACGAGUACGGGCCGGAAGUGCGACGGUUAUGCACAUUCUGAGGUCGCCGCCGCCACGGACUCGACGCAGCUAGUGCUGGGAACGCCACAGUAUGCUCUGACCCUUGAUAACUCUUCCGACUCCCUGGAACGGAAGUCCUUCCAAUUCUUCCGCACUUGGACUGUGCCUUGUGUGUCUGGCUAUUUUCAGGAUCCGCUUUGGGACAGGUUGUUGCUGCAACUUAGUCAGAGUGAUGGGGCUAUCAAACAUGCUGUUAUGGCGCUUGGAGCGUUGCAUGAGCAGCGACAUACGCGGCUAGCUAAGGAUGAUGGUCUUGCUCUUAGCGUCGUGCCGCUUGGGACGGACUUUGCUAUGGCUCAGUACGCGAAGGCGUUGCAUGGUCUGCAGUCACUCCUUCAGUCUGAGAAGAUGCCAUUGGAUGUUGUCAUUGCAUGCUGUCUAGUCUUGACGCACUUUGAGGCGAUGAGGGAGAGCUUUGUACCGGCAAUCGUACAUCUGGAAAAUGCCAUCAGCAUACUGCAGUCCAAGACCGCCUUCGACGCCCGAAACAUCGACCCGAGUCUGGUAAGAGCUCUGAUGUGCAUGGACAUACAGGGUGCAACGUAUCUCAAUUCUCGAAUACCAGGUCUUUCAAUGUAUACGGCUGCCAGCGAUAGCGUUCUACCGACCACAUUGCACGACGUACAGCAAGCUCGAGAUCUGGUCAAUGCUUGGACUAGUAGAAUGUAUCACUUCAUUCGAAUCGACGCAGACAAUCAGAAGUUCGGCGAACGGCUGGGAGAUGUGCCGCUCGAAGUUUUCGCUCGAUCACAGCAACUGACACAGAUCUUUGCAUCUCUUGAUCAGUUACUUACGGACUACAUGCACAAACCUACACUACGCCUCAGCACGAAAGAGCAGCACGGACUAGGCGUUCUGCGAGUCAGAGUCAAGUUCAACAAGAUCCUGAGUGCUUGCAGCGUCUAUGCGGAGUGCACUAUGUACGAUGCGUACCAGGAUGACUUCGACGAUAUGCUGUCUAUCUGCACAUACAUCAUGAGCAGCGACGAAGCAGAAAAGCGUCUGAUAUCUGUAUCACUCGACGAGGGGCUUGUCCAUCCGCUUUUUUUUGUGGCGACCCAUUGCAGAGAUCACCACAUUCGGCAUCGAGCACUCACCGCUUUGCGACGGUUGACUCGACCGCGGACGAUCUGGCAUGCUGAAGCGAUGUACAGAACAGCACAACUGUGCAUUGAGAUGGAAGAGAACCUUUGCGGCAAGACCUCUCCUUCUUACGACGACAUUCCAGAAUGGCAACGCAUUCACAGCUCAGGCUUCGAGGGAUGGCAGCUCUCCAAAGUCGAACCAAACGUCACUGCGCACUUCCGCUUUCGACCGAAUGGCCCUGAUGGAGAAUGGAUGAGUGUCACCAAACGUAUCGAAUGGGGCGCUGAGGUGCCGGAUGGCGUCGCUGAGCUCUAUGCUGAUAUCGAGCGGAACAACGCUCUCCAGGGUAGCGGAUCGUCGAUUGUCACGUUCAAAUGGUGCGGUUUUCAUAAGAUGUUCGCCUGA